AUUCAUUUUUCGUUUAAAAGAUAUGAUUUUCAAUAGGAUUUUGUUUGACCGGCUUGUAUUGAAUAAGAUCAUAGAAAAGUUUUUGACUGUUCUUGAAGAAAAUGCCAUAGUUUUCCUUUGGUACUAUCUGUUUAUUAUUGCUUUAUUUUGAUUCUGGGUUUGCUGCUAUCCAUAUUCGUGGAAUUGAGCAUUGCUGAUCAUGUGAAACGGGCAUUGUAGGGUUAUAUUUCAUUACAAUCUGGUAAAUUUUCAAUUAGUUAAAAACUAAUCUUUUUCAAUCUUUUCUGUUUGGAUUGUUGAAAUUUGGCUUCAACAUACUUGAUAUUGGGAUAGGACUAAGUUGAUUUUUGAAUUCUUCAAGAUUGAUAUACUGUUUCUUCUUACUCUAAGGACAUUGGUUUCAUUGCGAAUUACCUUUUUUUUUCUUUUUUUUUUUUUUUACAUUUCCCUUUUGAUUGCAGUUGCAAAAUGUUUCUCAAGGUGCAGUUGCCAUGGAAUGUCAUAAUUCCUGCUGACAGCUUGGAUGCCAAAGGCUUCAUGCUCCAAAAGGCUAUAGUGGUCCGCCUUUUGGAUGAAUUUGCUCGCAAGAAGGCCUCCAAGGAUCUUGGAUAUUUCAUGGCUGUAGCAACUCUGGAGAGCAUUGGGAAGGGCAGAGUUAGACAGAACACUGGGGAUGUGCUUUUCCCUGUUGUCUUCAGUGGAAUCACCUUCAAGAUGUUCAGAGGAGAGAUAUUGGAAGGAGUUGUACAUAAGGUACUAAAACAUGGAGUUUUCUUGAAGUGUAGACCAAUCCAAAACAUCUAUCUGUCUCACGUAAAAAUGCCCGACUACCAUUAUGUGCCUGGAGAGAACCCUAUUUUCAUGAAUGACAAGCACUCGAAGAUUGAGAAGGAUGUUGUCAUCCGAUUUAUUGUGAUCGGAACAAAGUGGAUGGAAGCAGAGAGGGAAUUUCAGGCAUUGGUAAGUUUGGAAGGUGACUACUUAGGACCAGUUUCCUGAAUAUAACUUUUGUUUCAUCUUUGUAUGAUUCGGAUGUACUUGUUACUGCUUUCUUAGGAAGUAGUUGACAGUAAGAGUGUUGGAUGUUGAGCUAUUCUAGUUGUCGUAAAUUCGAUUGGACAAAGAUAUUGAAUUCUGGAGCUUACUUUUAGGAUGUUAGCUUUGUAUAACUUAGUUCGGUUAAAUUGGUUAUUGGUAUUUUAAGUUUUUUAAAACUGAAUUGAAUCGACCAACUGAACAAUUGCUUACCCCUAGUCAAGUCUAGCUUUCCAUUUCAGAAGGGUUUUUGUUUCAAUGGAUG